CGCUCGCUCGCUCGCUCGAGCGUUCGAACUCAUCGAAGCCUCGGGGGCCCGUGCAGUCGCGAAUUUCAGUCGAAAUCGCAAUCUUGAGUCGGGGAUGCGCGGGUAAUCGAUGGAGCUCUUGUGCUGGAACGCGCCCCAACGGCUCGGCAGCGGGUCGGUUCUGGGCGGCCAGGCGCUGCCGCUGACGCUGCUGCGCCGCGGGGUCGGCUCCCAUGGCGCUCCCUCCAACGGGCGAGGCCUCGUGCUCUGCCGCGGCAUCGACCGCGACCGGCGCAAGGCGCUGCGCCUCGGCAAGACGCAGGAGCUCGUGCGCAAGCGCGAGGAGGCGCUCGUGAAGAGCCGAGCCCCCGUCGCCGUCUCGGGCGGCAAGUCGAAGAAGAAUGAGAAGAAUCGGAAUGAGGAGGCGGUGGAGAAUUUGGAGAACUUGCUGCUGGCCGAUGUGGGCGGAGCAUUUUCUGUCGGCGUUUUGCAGCUCCGCGAGGAGGAAGAUGUCCCCGUCGGACGCGUUCGGGUGAAGGACCUUCCGUUGCCCAGUAAAUUGCCCCGUUCUGAACCUCGAGCUGCCAAGAGCUGGGAUUCUGUGACCGACUCCAAUUCUGCAAUUCCUCCUGUUUCCGCACCCGAAGCAGAGUCGGAAUCAGAACCAGAAUCAGCAGCAGCAGCAGCAGCAGCAGAGAGUUCCGACGCAGUCGCCGAUGAACUCUCGGCAAUCACUUCGAAUGGUGUUAGUCUCGAUACAGCACCUGAGACCUACGAUGACGACGAUAUGGAAUGGGUAGAGGUUCCAAUCGACGAAUUUGAAGAGGAAGAGGAGGAGGAAAAUGUGGAGGUCUGGGAAGGGGAUUUACCUGAGAUGACUCUCGAAGAGGAGGAAGAGCUUUUGAGAGAGGCAGAGAGGGAAAUUGCCGAGCUUGAGAAGGCAGCAGCUGCUGGAAAAGGUGCUGCACAAGCUUCUGAUACGGCGAGCAUUCCCUUUGAAGAUGACCUUGAUGAUAUCGACACAGAAGAUUCCCAGGAUUCUGAGUUGGUGUCUGCAGAAGACGUACCUUUGGACAGGACUGAAAUGGAGAAGAAGUUGGCAGAGCUGAAAAGCCUUGUACAGAAGAUGGAACUGCAAUUAGCAGCAGAUGAUGAAAAGAGUGACAAUGUGCAAACAUUGGCACCCGAGGCGGAUGGUAGUGUUCAAAAGGAAGUGAAGAAAAGUAAGUCCAAGUUGAGUGAUAUUACAAGGACAAAGGUUAGUACGGAUGGAGAUUGGGAAGUGGCCUACGAGGUGCCUGGUGGGAACGUCGCAGCUUCAUCCAAGAAGUCCAAGCGCACCGAAAAACCCCAGUACAGUGACUGGGGAGACCUAGAUGAUGAAGAGGAAGAGGAGGUGAAGGAGAGAGGAAUCCCGGCUGUCAUGCGUUGCUUUGAUCGGGCCAAGAUCUAUGUCAAGGCUGGAAAUGGCGGAAAUGGCGUGGUAGCCUUCAGACGAGAAAAGUUUGUGCCUUUUGGCGGUCCAUCUGGUGGAACUGGAGGGAGAGGGGGCCAUGUGUACAUUGAAGCUGAUACUUCAAUGAAUUCACUCUUACCAUUUAGAAACAAGGUUCACUUCAGAGCAGGAAGGGGUUCUCAUGGUGGUGGAAAAUCGAAAGAGGGGGCUGCUGGAUUGGACAUAACCGUGAAGGUGCCUCCAGGUACUAUAAUCAAGGAAGCCGGCCCUGAAGGAAAAUUUUUGCUCGAGUUGACAAAGCCUGGACAGCGCCAGACCUUAUUGCCGGGUGGGGCCGGUGGGCGAGGCAAUACUGCUUUUAAAACUGGUCGUAACAAUGCUCCUCAAUUGGCUGAAUUCGGCGAAGAGGGAGUGGAAAUGUGGGUGGAACUGGAGUUGAAGCUUGUGGCAGACGUUGGGAUAGUAGGAGUUCCAAAUGCAGGCAAAAGCACUCUGCUCAGUGCAAUUUCAGCUGCUAAACCUGAAAUUGCUAAUUAUCCCUUUACCACGCUUUUACCCAACUUAGGUGUUGUGGCUUUAGAUUACGAUGCAGCUAUGGUGGUGGCAGACUUACCUGGAUUGUUGGAGGGUGCACAUACCGGUGUUGGCCUUGGUCAUGAAUUUCUGCGACACACAGAGCGUUGCAGAGUUUUGAUUCAUGUCGUAGACGGAAUGAGUCUUCAACCAGAUGAAGAGUAUGAAGCUGUACGACUGGAGCUCCAGCUUUUCAAUCCAGUCCUUGCAGAUAAACCCCAUGUUGUAGCCUAUAACAAAAUGGACAUUCCCGAAGCGGCCGAGCGGUGGGAGGCUUUCCAAGCUAAGUUGCGAUCGAAAGGUGUCGAAGCCUUUUGUAUGAGUGCCGCUACAAGAGAAGGCACUCAAGAGGUCAUUCGAGCUGCCCAUGCGUUUGUUAGAGAACAACAAUUAUAUGCCGAGGAGUCAACGGAAGAGGAAGAGAAGGCUAUGGAAGUUGCUGAGAUUGUGAGAAAGCAACGUAGUGCUCCAAUUGAGCAGUUUACGAUUGUUGCCGACAAGCACACUAGAACAUGGCAAGUCAACGGAGCAGGAUUAGAGCGCUUUACACAGAUGACCAACUGGGAAUACUUCGAAGCUGUUAAGAGGUUUCAGCAUGUCUUGGGUGCCAGUGGUGUCAAUAAAGCUCUUAGGGACCAAGGAGUAAGAGAAGGUGACACUGUAAGAGUUGGACAGUUGGAAUUCCAAUGGCUUGAUUCUGAAGAUCUGGCUAACUUGGGAGAAUGGAAGAGGGGAGUAAGGGGCUCCAAGGUUUGGCCUCACUAAACUGGAAGUGUAUUGCUGCCUGGAUUUUUGCUGGUUUUGGCCGGCCUGCACUGCAAACAGCCAUAGUCUACGAAAAGUUUCUUGAGGUUCCCUCGAGUUUUUCUCCUACGAGGGGCAUCGGAGCAGGUGUGACAUAUAGUUAGUUAGAGCAAGAGUGGCAACCAAAGCCAAGAUUUGUCCCAGUAUAUUAAGGUCUCAUUCUUUAUGUAAUCACUCGGCUUGUACCAAUGAUAUACGCCGAAGCGCUAUCUCCCCUUGAUCUUGCCUUCUGCUACAGAGUCGACAAGAAUGUAAAAGAUUACAAGCACGGUCUUAGAGUUUAGUUCACAAGAUGAAAAAAUUGAGCUAUCUUAACGUAGUCAGAAUCCCCCGAAGACAGAUUAUGUCGUCGCAUAAUUGGUAAUGAUGGGAGAUCUUUGAUCAGUUUCGUCCAGUGAACGAAACAGGGAUGUACAAGAGGUUGUCUAUAUGCAGCUUUGUACUUCGUUAUUGGCUACAGUCAUUCAUCGUCAAUAUUGAAAUCACUUUGAAAAUUUUCCAAUCAAUAUUACUGGUUCCAU